CCGCGGCCGGCACAAGCGGCUGAGCUCAAGAUCGAAGAAUCGGACUCGAGGCUGCCUCGCACGAGUUAUCACUGGUCGUACUCUUGUUAAUCGGCGUUGCUAUCGGUGCCCCAGCAGACAACCCCGAGGAUAUUGACGAUGCCUGACCCUGUCGGAACUCCCCCGUCUCCGCGGCAGUGGCAGAAAUCUGCGGUCGUAUAUCAGAUCUACCCCGUCUCUUUCUUUGACUCGAACGGCGAUGGGCUAGGAGACCUGAAAGGCAUAGAAGGCAAACUCGAUUAUCUCAAAGAGCUCGGCGCAGAUGUCCUGUGGCUCUCUCCCAUUUACCCGAGCCCCCUCGCGGACAUGGGCUACGAUAUCUCUGACUACAAGAACAUUGACCCGAGGUACGGUACUCUGCAAGACUGGGACCGGUUGGUUGAGGGUGUCCAUGCGCGUGACAUGAAACUGGUCAUGGAUCUCGUCGUCAAUCACACGUCGGAUGAGCAUGCCUGGUUCAAAGAAUCACGCUCGAGCAAGAUCAAUCCCAAACGCGACUGGUACAUAUGGCGGCCGCCGAAGUACGACAAGGAUGGCAAUCGCAUGGAACCUAACAAUUGGCGUUCUGUCUUCCAAGGAUCCGCUUGGCAAUGGGAUGAAAAUACCGAGGAGUACUACCUACAUCUCUACGUCCCAGGCCAACCCGAUUUGAACUGGGAAAACCCAGAGGUGCGCAAUGCAGUGUGGAGCGUGCUUCGCUUUUGGCUUGACCGAGGCUGCGACGGCUUCAGAAUGGAUGUCAUAAACCUGAUAUCAAAGGUUCCGGGACUGCCAGACGCGCCCAUUACUGACUUAGAGGGCAAGUAUCAAGUUGCAAGCAUGUUUUACGCGAACGGCCCUCGUGUUCACGAGUUUCUUCAGGAGAUGCGUCAGAAAGUGCUAUCAUCUUAUGAUACCUUUACGGUCGGCGAAGCACCGUUCUCUUAUUCCGCAGACGAUUUAGCUGCAUAUGUACUACCGCCAAACCGUGAACUCAACAUGGUGUUUCAGUUUGAGCACAUGGGCCUCGACGAGGUAUCGGGCCAGGACCCGCUUGUUCCCGCGAAGUGGACGCUUGCCGACCUUAAACGAGUCACGGAGAAAUGGCAGACGUUCAAACGCGACGAGGGGUAUUGGAACUCAAUUUAUAUACAAAACCAUGAUCAAGCCCGCGCUGUGUCGAGGUUUGGGAACGAUUCACCAAAAUGGCGUGCAGUGUCUGCGAAGUUGCUGUGCAUGUUCAAUGCGUCGCUAUCGGGGACGUUGUUCGUAUAUCAGGGCGAGGAGAUAGGGAUGAAGAACUUCCCUCGGAGCUGGGGGAUUGAAGAGUACAAGGACGUCGCAAGUCAGAACUACUAUCAGAAACGCAAGAAGGCCGGCCCUGGUGUAGAGAUCGAUAUGUCAGAUGUUGUCGAUGGCUUGCAGAAGAAAGCCCGUGAUCAUGCUAGGACACCUGUUCAGUGGGACUCGAGUCCGAAUGCCGGGUUCACCACCGGCACACCUUGGAUGCGAACGAAUGAUGAUGAAGGCGAGAGAGCGUGGACAAUCGCUGCUCAACUCCAGGACCCGGACAGCGUCCUCAGUUUCUACCGCCAAGCGUUGAAAGUCAGGAAAGAGCACGAUGUUCUGAUAUACGGGGACUUCAAACAGUUUGCCCCCGAACAUCCUCAGAUAUUUGCAUACACCCGCUCGCUGGGCGAUGCCGUCAAAGCACUAAUCCUGCUGAACUUUGGAGAGAAUGAGGCCGAUAUUGCAAUACCUCAGGACGUGGAAAAUCGGUUCUUGGGCAACUCACGACUCGUCCUUACAAAUUAUGCAUCAGAGGAGGAAGCCAAGGUUGAUAGCUCAGUAACGCUGAAAGGUUACGAAGGCAGGAUCUAUGUUACGUACACAUGAGAUCGAUUGCUCUGCUUCCGGAUCCUCCACCGGGAAUGAUGUACGUAGGCAGGCACUCUUGCUAUAAAUGGGCUAACGUGACUUGGGUGUUUUCGAUACGGAACGACACAACUGCAAUGAUACAGAACGUUAUCCAGAUUGUAAUGCUAACGAAUGACGUGAUGACUACAGAAAAUAUUGUCAAUGGGGCAAGAAAGGUCCAGUGCUGGUCGAAGAGUGGGGCAAGUGUUCGUGAAGGGCAAAUGGCAACAUUGCAGUUCAUCAUGGGUUACCCCUCACGAACUGGCUCAAACGAUUGAGCGGGCUCGCCAUAGAGCGCUUUCUGGUGCUCCGCCUUCGCAGCUUGGCGCUCUCUCCGCUGAUGCUAGCUGCCUCAACGUCAGAGAUGCGAAGGGGAUCUUCGCCUUCCUCGAGACCAAGGGCCUCCAUUUCGAAAAGGAAGUCCCCCUCCUUCCAUUUCUCCGACCACUCAUGGGCGCGUACAAUCUUCCAACCCAAGUAUGCCUGGCAGCUUCGGCAGGUGGUUUCAGAUAUUGUAUACGCGCCCGUGUACAUGAGCUGAACAGAGGGUGGUGCCAUCGCAACGUUGAAUACAUCUACAUUAUUGAAUAGGGAUGCUUUGCCACGAUACCCCGAGAAUUUUUCCGAGAGGACAGACUCAGGGUAGGAAAUUAGGGCCUGGCAGGCCUUGCACACAAAUCGCUUCCGUUGACCGCUUCGGCUGUUCCUGCUCGACGAGGUGCUGAUGACAGAGCCCGUAUCUGAGCCCGCUGUGCUGGUCUCGCUCCCUUGCCGAUUACGCCAUAGGCGUUUCGGCGGAGGCAGGAAGUUGGGCAACGGAGGUAGUCCUUGGUCUAGGCCGGCAGCCGUGAGGAACGAUUGACUGUCAUUGCCGGAGGGAGGAGAUGCGAGCAGGUUCGGUGUGCUGCCGCUGGAGGCAGUAGAGUACGUUCGUAGAUUUGGCGUAGAACGUCCAGCGUGGCGAAGCAUGGCGUGAAAGUCAGUUGAACGGAAAGCGAUCCACGCGUAUAUAUGUACUCGAGACGUAAAUGAAAGCGACUGGCGCGGAAGAGCGAAGGAGGAAAACGAGGCCCAGCCACGGGCGCAGGGGUUUGCAGCAUCGCAGCUCAUAUAGCCCCACUCUGCCGCCCCGCGUCUUCGCGUGAGCGAUUUUGGGGUGGCGACCCAUUCGACAUCGGUGAAAGCGCUGACGUUGCCUAGGCGGUAGGCGACGCCUCGAUCCGGUCCUGGGUAAAGAAGCUCCGGUCGCUGCGAAGUGGCAAGCCAGGGGGGAUAUCGGGAGCAGCAAGCCAUACAUAGUUCGUGAUGGGUGCUGCGCGGGCCGACAUCACUACGGCAGUCCACCGUCAUGGGCACUGGCGACUCCGAAGGGGCAAGAUUCAUCGCACGGAAGGGCGUGGCAUCGAAUAGGAUUCCGAUGGCAGGCAACGGCGGCGCUAAAUGCUGCAUUGACAUUAUUGCAUGGCGGCAGCAACCAAAUGAGGCGCAAGUCCGAUUCUCAUCGACUCAUCGGUUAAGAACGGUGAGGUGGUGGAGGUGACUAGGGCCGGACGCGGUGCACCGUGCGCUAACGACCGGAAUCAACGCCACGUCCAUCAAAAAGCGCCCACGGCCUGCGUGUGGCUGAAUACCGUCGAGGGUACCUGUGUGAGCGAGCAACGUUCCCGGUGACGAGCGCCUAGUGUAGAUGCACAUGCUGGUAGAACAAC